CACAGGCCGGUUGAACAGCCUCUCCGCCGCCAUCUUGCGCUCCGAACUUCGCGCGCAGCUCCCGCGGAGGAGGAGCCUCAACAUGGAGGGGAGGCAGUAGCCGCGGGGGGCGCUGGGACGGCAAUGGCGGCGCCGGCGGCGGGCCGCGGCUGCCCGGUGCCAGGGCGGUGCGCCUACUUCGUGGAGAAGAAGAAGCGCUUCUGCAAGAUGAUCCCGGCUCCCGGGAGGCGCUUCUGCGGGGAGCACGGGCAGCAGGAGGAGGAAAAUGGCAGAAAAAGGAUUCCAUGUCCUCUUGAUCCAAAACACACGGUAUAUGAAGACCAACUACAAAAACAUUUAAAGAAAUGUAAUUCAAGAGAGAAGCCAAAGCCAGUCUAUUUUGUUCAAGAUAUUAAUGCAGGUUUAAAAGAUGUAGCAGAAAUACCAGAAAAACAGGUACCUCUCUCUUCUCUAUCCAAAGAAGAGCUGCAGAACUUGAUAAUUAAGUUGAAAAAAGCAAGUAAUGGCCUGGAAUUUCACGUUAAGGAACAAAUACUGUCCCACCAGGCUUUACAGGAAGCCUUAAAUGACCCAAGGAAUGGGAAAUCUGCUUUCAAACACUUGAAACAACAGGCUUCUAUUUUAGGUAACAUGGAAAAAUUACAUUUACUUGGUCCAGGAAGAUGUUUUAUUGAGUUUGGAGCUGGGCGAGGAAAGCUCUCCCAUUGGGUUGAUGUUGCCUUGCAGAAUGUUGAAAAUGUUCAGUUUUUGCUUGUGGAAAGGGCAACUACACGAUUUAAGGUGGAUGGAAAACAUCAAAGGAGAGAUUCUGUAUUUGAAAGGCUUCAAGUUGAUAUUCAGCAUUUAUGUUUAAAUAAGGUACCUAUUCUGGAGAAGAAAAAACUCCCAGUGGUAGGAAUUGGGAAGCAUUUGUGUGGUGCUGCAACAGAUCUUGCUUUGAGAUGCUUGGUUGAAAGUUACACAACUUGCUGUGAUGCAGAAAACGAAGAGCCUGCACCAAAACGCUCCAGGACUGAUCAGACAGAGGUGGCUUCCAACAAUUCUGCUGAUAAUGAAAGCAGUGAAGCUGACUGUAAGCCUGUAGCUGGAAUUGUUAUUGCGCUGUGUUGCCAUCACAAGUGUGACUGGACACAUUAUGUAGGCAGAGAGUUCUUUAAAUCAGUAGGACUCGGACCAGUAGAAUUUCACUAUUUUCAGAGAAUGAGUAGCUGGGCCACCUGUGGCAUGCGAGAAACCACAAAGCAAGCCUCUGGAAGUCAAGAAAGUGAAGAGCAAACUAACAACGCAGAAGAACACGAGCAAACAUUCGGCAAGCUAGAGAGUGGUCCUGAUGCUUUACAAGGGUAUGGAAAUCGUUUUCUAGCAAAUCGACUUCUGCAGAAAAUGAACAUUGUGUGUAGUGAAACAUGAAACCCUUUGGGGUCCUCAAAAUGCCUCAUUUUACAGAAACUUUUUAAUUGAUAGAAAUAUUCUACUUUAAAAAUAUCAUUUUCAUGGACAUACUUUUCAAAAUCUUUCAAGUCACGCUUUCCUGAACUGAACUGAACUUCUAGUGAUUUAAGUAGCUUCUUCUAAGCUUACCUAUUGAUGUUAAUUAACAACACUGUUCUGACACCCAUUAUUGUUCUUUUCCUCCUUUUUAUGAAACCAGGAUACUUACAGUUGAAGAACGAAAGGAGAUAGGCUGCCUCUGUAAACGGCUUAUUGAUCAUGGACGGAUUGAGUACUUACAACAACGAGGAUACAAGGCUGUGCUACAGUAUUACAUAGAGUCAGCUGUGUCCUUGGAGA